AUGGCCAUUCCAGUCUCCCUUGUCUUCGUCGGCAAUGCUAUUCAGACAAAUUUAUUUUUGGCGAUCAAGGCUGUCUGCGAUCUGCCAACCAAAGGAACUCCUCCUCUUCUCAGCGCCGACGGCGGUACCCUUCUCACUGAAAAUACACAGAUUCAACAGAGAAGGGUCGAACACUUUAGAAGCAUCUUCAAACGUCCCUCCACAAUCUCCGACGUCAUCGUCGCUCGUCUGCCUCAAGUGGAGACCAACGCUGACGCCGACCUACCGCCCUCUCUCCACGAACCUGUCAGUGCCGUUCAACAGCCCUCAAGCGGGAAAGCGUUCGUAUAGGACGCGAUCUCUGCUGAGAUGUAUAAGCAUGGUGGCUCCCAAAUCAUGGAUCAUAUGACAACGCUCUUCCAGGUGGUGUAGCGUCAAGGAGGAGUCUCGCAGGAUUUCAAGGACGCUACAAGCAUACAUCUACACAAACGGAAAGGGAACCGCCAGCCCUGCGACAACCACCGAAAUAUCUCAUUGAUGAACAUCACCGGAAACAUUUUCGCUCACAUCCUUCUCAAUCACCUGAACAAGCACCUGGAACAAGGUCUUCCACCGAAAGGCCAGUGCGGCUUCCGCGUCAUCGUGGGACCACGAACAUGAUCUUCGCUACCCGCCAAUUCCAGGAGAAGUGCCAGGAGAUGCAGACCCACAUGUACUCUACCUUCGUGGAUCUGACGAAAGCCUUUAAUACGGUGAAUUGUGACGGACUGUGGAAAAUCACGCGGAAAUUCGGCUGUCUUGAACGAAUCACACAGAUGGUGCUUCAGCUCCACAAUGGCAUGAUUGCGCGCGCAACGGACGAUCAAGCUGUCUCAGAGGCAUUUGCAGUGACAAACCGAGCGAAUCAGGGUUGCGUCCUCGCGCCCACCCUCUUCAGUCUUAUGUUCUCCACCAUGCUGAUGGACGCCUAG